UGAUGAUUGGCCAUAUUUAUGCAGGAUAUUUCGUGUUACUGUUUAAUUUACGUGGGUGCACAAAAAAGGAGAAGAAAAUUAGUUGACAUUUUUCUUUUUUUUUCCCUUCAAUGAAGUUGGAUCAUAUUUUUACAAAUGGUAAACAUAGCGCAAGAGCAUUUCAGCCUACGAUGAAAGCCAAUGGGGCAAUAGUCAUGCAUCGUCCUAGAGAUGAGGAUGAUAGCGAUGAUGAUGUUGACACGAGUCCAGAAAUGGAAUAUAUGUCAUUAGUUCAUCAAGAAAAUAUCAGACUGAAGCAACAGUUGAUGGCUGAAAGAGACAGAUUUGAAUCUUGGAGACAAGCCAAACAAAUUGUAGAAUAUGAACUGCUUCAGACAAAUAAAGAGAAGCAAGCGUUAGAAAGAAAGCUCAAGUUGCUGUCAAAGGGCGAUACAAAAAGGAGGUCGCUGCUACCAACAAAUCAACUGUAUUAUGAGCAUAAAAUACAAAUACUCUUGAACGAGAUUGAAUCUAUGGAAGUUGAAGAGUCAAAACUAUUUGAAAAGCUAAACUUUAAAAGAAACGAAUGUGAAGAGCUUAGAUAUAAACUUAAUUUGAAAGAACAAGAAAUCAAACAGUUGGCUUAUGAAUUACAUUUAGCAAAACAAUCUCUUCAAUAAAAACUCUAUUUAACUUUGAAGCACCAUUGGGUUUACAUUAUGGUAG